GGCGGACGUAGCUAAGCUAAGAUGGCGGCGAAAUUAUUUACAUUAGCUAAUGUUGCUAGCGGAGUACGCCAACGACCCUUUCGUCGCUCGUUGGUUAGAUAGAUAGUUGGCUGGUUUGAGCUAUUUUGCCGUUAACGUGUUUAUGUACAAAAACGGGAACAGUACAGAGUGACAGCUCUCAAUAAUCGUGCUUAUUGAAAGCAACAGCGUCCACAGCAGUGUUACUAACGCAUCGUCCUACAUGGCAGGAAAAACAUUUGCGACGCUUACUGAAGCGUCUUCCGAACUUAGUGAUGCUAUGUAAUGAAUCUAACAUUAGCUUGCUUAACGCACAACUGACAAAUUGCAUAAAGGUGUUAGCAUUAGUCAAUUAAUUGUAGCAUUACCUAUAAUGCGUGUAAUGUCUUCAGUCAUUAUAAGCAAUACUUAACGCUAGCCAACGAUGCCUCACACCAGACGGCACUCGUCUUCGGACAGAGACAGUCGAAACAGCUAUCAAGACCGUUACAGAGACCGAGACAGAGACAGAGAUAGAGACAGAGGGCGAAGACACCGGCACAGAAGGUCGCCUACUUACUCCUCCAGCAGUGACAGAGACCGAGACAGAAGGGGACGGGGACACAGACAGGAAGGAAGCUAUGCACGCUCUAGGAGUCGCAGCUAUGACAAUCGCUCUACGGAGCACCGGCCAUUUGACCGAAGAUACUGCGAGGGAUACAGACGCUUGGAUCAGAGCCGAGAUCGAGAUCGGGACAGAGAAAGGGAUCCACAUGGAGCAGCUGAAAGUUACUAUCCACGUGACUUCACCCCAAACAUGUAUGACUACCGACGUGGCCGUGAGAGGGAACGCGAACGGGAUGAGUCGUACCGGCGGAAAGGCAGCAGGCGUAAGCACAAACGAAGGCGGCGUAGAACCAGGUCCUAUAGCCCAUCCUCCUCGCGGAGCAACAGCCGGACGCGGGCACUGAGUGUGAGGGACGACGAGGAAGGUCACCUGAUCUGUCGGAGUGGGGACGUCCUGCAAGAGAGAUAUGAGAUUGUCGGCACUUUGGGGGAAGGCACCUUUGGGAGGGUGAUGGAGUGUAUUGACCACCGCAGGGGAGGAGCCCAUGUUGCUCUGAAAAUUAUCAAGAAUGUUGAGAAAUACAAGGAAGCAGCUCGUUUAGAGAUCAAUGUAUUGGAGAAGAUCAAUGAAAAGGACCCUGAUAACAAAUUCCUUUGUGUGCAGAUGUAUGACUGGUUCGACUACCACGGUCACAUGUGUAUCUCCUUUGAGCUACUAGCUCUCAGCACCUUCGACUUUCUAAAGGAAAACAACUACCUGCCCUAUUCAAUAGGUCAGGUUAGACACAUGGCCUACCAACUCUGCCUUGCUAUAAAAUUUCUCCAUGACAAUAAGUUGACACACACAGACCUAAAGCCUGAGAACAUCCUGUUUGUCAACUCAGACUUCACGAUGUCCUUCAAUGUAGAAAAGAAACGAGAGGAGCGGACAGUUAAGAGCACAGCGCUACGUGUGGUGGACUUUGGUAGUGCCACUUUCGACCACGAGCACCAUAGCACCAUCGUGUCCACGCGGCAUUACCGCGCUCCUGAGGUCAUACUAGAGCUGGGCUGGAGUCAUCCCUGUGAUGUGUGGAGCAUUGGCUGUAUCCUGUUUGAGUACUACGUGGGCUUCACCUUGUUUCAGACUCAUGACAACAGAGAGCAUUUAGCCAUGAUGGAGAGAAUCCUGGGACCAGUGCCCUCUAGAAUGAUUCGUAAAACAAGGAAACAGAAGUAUUUCUAUCGUGGCCGUUUGGACUGGGACGAGAGCUCCUCAGCGGGGAAAUACGUUAGAGAAAACUGCAAACCCCUACGGCGAUACUUACUGUCUGAAGCGGAGGAACACCACCAGCUGUUUGACCUCAUUGAAAGCAUGUUGGAGUACGAGCCUUCCAAAAGGCUUUUGCUAGCCGACGCCCUCAAGCACCCUUUCUUUGAGAAUGGGGGCAUUGGCGAGGCAGCGGGCAGCAAGAACUGGGAGGGCAAUCGGGACAUCAGCCGGUGACCCGCAAGCCUCCAAAGACUGAAUCUGAUAAAGAGGAUAUCAAGUCUUUUAUAUGUGGAGCAGAUGAACUGUUAAUAAAUUGGGGCUUCAUUGCAGCAUGGACUUAACUUCUUGAUCCUCCAAUCCUACCACUCUGACAUCCACCUCUACAGCCACAAGAGGCAUGUUUUUGCAGCAGAGAGACUAAAGUAACCCACGAGAAACUGGAAAAGAGUCGAAAUGAAUCUUUUCGUGCGGCUAUAGCCUCAAAAGUAGCCCUCUAUGCAGCUCUUGCCUUCCUUUUGACUUCGGAGGCACCUACUUCCCUUCCAUCCGUCCGUCUGUUAUUUUUAUCAGCAUGUAACAAAUAUAUUUGACUUUUUUAAGGAAAUAAUUACAACAGAAGCAGUCUCACAAAAAUUCAGCUUUUGACAAGAACUGUCUUCCUAUUCUGAAGUCGAAGGAAAGGUUAGAAAUGAGAGCUGUAGAUUCAGCGCAAUUCCUCACCCACAUAAUUCUAAACAUGGAGACAUGCAAGAUAUUCUCUUAUGCUGACACCAAAUGGUUCAAAUUGAAUAUCACAGUUUCUUAAAAAUUGUGAGAAAAGUUUCUCCAGCAGUGAGAAGUGUCUCAAGUUUUUGUUUAUAUUUUUUUGUUAAGUGAGCACUUGCAUUGCGUAUGUUUCUUUUUUAUGUAUAAAAAAAAGAUCCCUUAUAUGGAGACUCUUUUCCUUAAUGUCCUGUCAUUAGGCUUGUUAUUAUUUGCCAAUGAGAUGAUAAUGGUGAUGGACACUCCAGAUGCAGGCCUCUGUGGCUUGUCUUGGUAGAUAUGUUUGUUAUGCAAUGCUUUCUGGGUGGGUUUGUGUGUGUGUGUGUGUGUGUGUGUAUGUAUGUAUGUAUGCGUGUAUGUGUGUAGAGUUGGGAUGGUGUGUGUGACAUGUUCAUCUUAAUGUUUUGCUCAGUGGCUUCCUUGUAGUGCAGCAUUAGGCCUGGUUACAUUCUCACAUACUUGUAAAACACAUACAUAAAAAAAACAUGAACUGCCUUUCAUGUGUUAUAUGGUCGGACCUGAAGUCUCUCCAUUGAGGUUAAGCACACAGCUCCUGAUGGUAGCCAACGAGCCAAACACAGCUCCUCUUGACAGUAUUUAUAUUGAGUUCCUAUAGGUCAUAGUCUGCACACCACCUGUAUAUGACUUGUUUUUUUUGUUUGUUUGUUUUGUAUCAAAUUGAAGCAUAUAAAACUGUAUAUAUGUAUGAUUGUGUAGAAUUAAAGUUAAGUCCUCCUUG